AUGACGCAUUUGAGCGUCUAUGGCGGCCUCUUCUCCGACCCGCCGCUCAUCUCGACGGACGAGGACCCGAAGAAGACGGACCCCUACAACAAGAUGGACACCAUCCCCUCGCGCUACCUCGGCAAGGGCCUGAGCAUUGGCCGCGGGGCCACCGGGCAAAACCCAGAGGUGUACUUCGACAAGAAGUACCUGACGCUGGCCUCGCCGGAGCAGAACGGCAACAAGGACUUGGGCGCCUUUGAGGACGCCGAAACGCGCAGGCGUCGCGAGGCGAUGGAAUCCAAGAAGAAGAACGUUUCCGACAAGGUCUUCCUCCUGCCGUCUUACCCAAAGCAGAGUGACGGCCCUGGCAGCUACACCGGCUGCUUCCAGGAUCGAGCGUAUGAGUUUAUAAUGCCAGGGGAAGACGACAAGAAGAAGCGCCGGCGGAAGAAGGCCCCCGUGACGGAGAUGGUUGACAAAACCAAGACUGGCCUUCCCAACAUCAAGACCAAUCCACCCAAGAAGGGAACCUACGGUGUUCCUGGGACGCUCCUUGACAAUCCCAAGUACGAUGAGAACUGGAGACAGGAGAUUGAGAAAUUGGAGGCGUUGCGGGCAAAGCGGGAAAAGCAAGCUCCGCAACCAAAACCAAUGGGCCCACCCUUUAAAACCCCAGGUGUGACGCAUGACUUUCUAGACGAGCUCCCUGGUACCGGCGUGUCCGGCGUGUAUCACUACGAGCCCGUGGAGGAAAAGCCCUCAAAGCAUAAGAGGCGGGAGAAGCCUCAGGCGGCUGUUGCAGUUUUCACGCAGGAUAAGCCGAUGAUCUUUACAUGGAGCAAGUCGGGCCAAGACGGCUGCAUUACCGGGUUUCCCAACACGUGGAUUGACGCAGACGCGCUGGAGAGGGAGCGAAAUAAGGGAAAGAAGAACCGAAGGCCAAAACCAGAGUACAUUCCCGGCCCUCCUAAGGGGACAAGCGGAACAUGGAAGCCAAAUUCCUUCCCUGAGGCGUCGGUCGUGCAGUCUUGUCUUCGUCGGUUCUACUAG